AUGCAUUUCUUCAAGGUAGAACCAGAAGACGACGAGGAGUUACGAAAGCACCGAGAAUGGCAUCAGGUAAAGGGGUUUGUGAACGCAAAGUGCGUUGCUCAGGUUGAGUUAGAUGUGCAACGAACGUUAGCUCGUUUCCCCCCAAACAUAUCGGACGAACGCAGAUCAACGUUACAAGAUCAGCUGACGCCUCUGAUAAUUCGUGUUCUGAAAAGCAACGAACGAUUCCAUUAUUAUCAAGGAUUCCACGAUGUGUGUCUUACGAUUCUUCUUGUGUGCGGAUACGAAAGCGCCCUCGAAGUGUGCAAAAAUCUAGCUCGUCAUGGUCCGUUCCGCUCAUAUCUGCUGAAGUCAUUGGAACAAAGUGUGCUUAGAGAGCUUGAUCUUUUAUACGUGAUUCUGUCUCGGGUUGAUCCGCAGCUCGAAACCAUCAUGCGUGACGUACAUCUCGGCACAAUGUUCGCUCUCAGUUGGCCUCUGACUUGGUUCAGUCAUGCGCUUGAGCAAUAUCAACAAGUUUGCAUCGUCCAUUAUUGUACGGUUUUUCGACGUAUUCUUAGCUUCACCGCCAUUGACCCCAAUCUAUGUAUGUGCAGCUGUAGUUUUGAAGAGAAAAUCUGCCAUAAUCACCAGCGAACGGUAAUCUUCACAAUCAUGUCUUCGUUAAGCAUAAUACGACCUUAUAGGGAAAUGCCAAUCAUACAUCAGCUAUUAUCAACAAUGCCUUACGAACUUCACUCAGAUGCUAUAUUAUCAGAUUCCCUGUAUCUUGCGUCGCUGAUGCCACCAUUUGCACUGAAGACUGAGUUUACACGAAUCUACAAGGAACAAGUCAGUUAUUUCGUUAUUAUAAUUUACUCUUUGUAUGGCUGUACGUUCAGGUUAAAAACCGCAAUCCUGUCCAUAGAUGGGGUCCGGUUUCGAGAUAUGCAAUAACA